CUGGACAGCGCUGAGCGCGGAGAACAGGACAGUAGGCUACAGGACAGUAGCGCGCAUCAGCGAGGGCACGCGCUUCCGUACAGUCCUAAAGUCCCAAACAGCAGCCGCGCACGAGAGCAGCACCCUCAUGGAGCUAAUAUGAACUGUCCGACGGCUGAGCUUCACUUCACGACCCACACUGACACAUUUACAGUUUGAGAGGGAAGGCAAGGCACGCGUCAGACAUGGACAGCUCGCUGUGGAUCGUGAUUUGUGCAGCGCUGGGGCUGGUGUCGGGCUCGAAGCUGGAGCUAGCUGUGGAAGAGGAGUGUGAAUCGGGCAGCUUCACCCACAGCGGCGAGUGCUGUAUGCAGUGUCCUCCAGGAGAGGGAGUGAUCAAGGAGUGUGGAGCCACCCAGACUGAGUGCACUCAGUGUUUAGACAGUGAGACGUUCUCUGACACGUUCAGCCACACAGACAAAUGCCUGGUGUGUACCGAGUGCACAGGCCUCAUGCGAAUGCAGACGCCCUGCACCGACUCCAAUGACGCCGCGUGUGUGUGCAACUACGGCUACUUUAUGAACGUGCUGAACGGCCGCUGCGAGCCCUGCACUGUGUGUCCACUGGGUCAGGGUGUGGAUAUGCGCUGCGAACUGAGCCACGACACAGUGUGUGAGGAGUGUCUGGGUGAAACCUACUCGGAUCAGGAGAACACAAUGGACCCCUGCAUGCCCUGCACAAUCUGCGAAGAGGAUACAGAGAUACUGCUCAGGAACUGCACAUCUACUGAAGACGCACUGUGUCACGAUCCACUGAGUCCCACCUAUCCCACUUCCACGGAUGAUUCCGGUUCAUUUGACACUGAUUUGGAUCGUCUGUGGAGCCCUAGCCCUGGAGAUGAUGCCACCACACCCAAACCCAGCUCCCCUCACUUCAUUGGCAGAGGGCUAAAUGAGAACCUGAUCCCCAUCUACUGUUCCAUCCUGGCUGCGGUUGUGGUCGGCCUCCUGGCGUACAUCAUUUUCAAAAGGUGGAACAGCUGCAAGCAGAAUAAACAGGCAGCUAAUAAUCGCGCAGCCACAGCCAAUCAGACACCGUCUCCAGAAGGAGAGAAGCUGCACAGUGACAGCGGCAUCUCAGUGGACAGUCAGAGUCUGCAGGAGCAGCAGGCGCAGUCACAGACGCAGGCACAAGCGCAGGCCCACACACAGCUUCACGCAGCAGAGCAGAUCGUGGUGAGAGUGGACGGAGCAACUCAACCUGACUCUCCUCCAGCUCAGGCCUAACCAGCGAGGAAGAGGAAGCCACGUUAUCAAUGAAUCAAUACAGAGAAGGAGAAAGAUAGACAUGAGAGGAGAAAGCAAGCAGAAAGAGGAGAAUGGAGAAGUUGAAGCCAUGACGGCCAGCCGGCGAGGUUCGCCGAGAUUUAAGUGACCAGACCUUUGAUCCUGUUGAACCCAGCACGGACGAUUCAUUGAUGAGCAGGUUCAACAGCACCAAUGGAUCCAUAUCGACCUUCAGACUCACUGGCCUAAAGUAGCAACAUCUAAAUAAACAUACGCCUAUUACUCUGAAGACCAUGAUGUAUACCGAGACCCACCACAAACUCUGAUGAAUGUUUAACACAUACUGGGUUUCUCAGAUGUAGUAACGUGUCCUUGUGAUACAAACUCUGGAUGCUUCACUAAAGGAAGUAAAAAGACAA